AUGGCGCCUUUCUUCACCAACAUGAGCUGCGACCCUUUCACUCCCCGAAGCGCCCAGUGCAUCAUUGGCACCUAUGUUCAGUACGCGGUCAACGCUAGUUCUGCAACCGAAUAUCAGAACGCCCUCAGCUUUGCAACCUCCCGCAACAUCCGGCUGGCAAUCCGCAACACUGGUCACGAUUUCCUUGGUAAAUCGACCGGCGCAGGGGCUCUGGCUAUCUGGACGCACAACAUCAAAGAGAUAUCGGUCACGGACUACAGAAGUGCCGCUUACUCCGGCAAAGCCAUGAAGAUCGGCGCUGGCAACCAAUUCUUUGAGGUCUACCCUGCUGCCAAUGCUGCCGGAGUAGUUGUGGUUGGAGGCACAUGCCCAAGUGUCGGGAUGGCUGGCGGUUAUACACAAGGCGCCGGUCAUGGCCUGCUGGUCUCCAAGUAUGGGUUCAGUGCCGACCAGACCUUGGCCUGGGAGGUUGUUCUGGUCAAUGGCACUCUUGUGACAGCCACACCUAGCCAGAACUCGGAUCUGUACUGGGCCUUGAGCGGUGGCGGAGGUGGAAGCUACGGUGUCGUCCUCUCUCUGACUGUCAAAGCGUACCCAGAUCAACCGACCGCCGGUGCCAACUUGACCUUCGCCGCGAGUCAAAAUGUCUCGAGGGAUCUGUUCUAUCAAGGCGUCGAGAGAUUCCUUGCUCAACUGCCGGCGAUUCUUGAUUCUGGAGCAAGCAGCAUCUGGUCCAUCACUAACGCUUCCUUCACGCUUGCGCCGACGGCCGCCAUCGGCCAGACAAAAGAACAAAUCGACGCUCUUCAUCAGCCCGUCGUCGACGCGUUGACUCAGCUCAAAAUUCCACACAGUAGGUGACCCUCGAGUCCCCCGAAAGUGUUCGAAGCUAAGCAAACACCUAGCAUACUUCUCCGCCAACUACCCAACAUAUCUCGAGAUGCUGAAUGCCAUGGAUACCGGAUACGAAACAGCAAUGUAUAGCAUAGGUAGCCGCCUGAUUCCUCGAGACGUGAUUGUUGGGCAAACCCGGAACUUGACUCAGGCAAUCAACAAGAUCGAAAGCUAUCACACGCAGAUCCUCGGCUCCUCUUUCAAUGGAACACACACGCCGACCUCGCCCAACUCUUUGAACGCAGGGUAUCGGGACGCUACCAUGUCGCUUUCCAUCGGCACGUAAGUGGUAUGCCACGCCUAUCAUCCUCUAUGCGGACUGACAGUGAGCGCAUCAGUUUGUACGACGACAAUAACAGAACUGCCAACGUUGAGAGCAAUAACCUGAUGACGAAUACGCUCGUCCCGGCUCUGUCCAGCUUGAUACCAGGUGGCGGAAACGCAUAGUAAGCGAAGGCCCCAUCCACGCUCGUCCCUGAAUCUAAUUGACUGCUCCAGCGUCAACGAAGGAGAUCCCUUCGAGCCAAAAUUCCAAAAGGUUUUCUGGGGUGAGAACUAUGACCGCCUUCUGCGGAUCAAGAACGCGUAUGACCCAAACAGUUUCCUUUGGGCACAAGCCGCGGUGGGCAGCGAGGCAUGGACUCUACAGUCUGAUGGCAGACUUUGCCGGUCCCAUUGA